CCUUCUCCAGGUCAUCACAGGAUCAGACCCCCAGAACUUAUCGGAUCUCAACCCGACUCCGUCGCCCGCUACAGAGGACGCGUUACCGCUUUCCAUCGAACUAGGGUUCCCAAAACCUAUAUAAGGCAGGGAAGGCAGGAACGAGGGAGGAAGCCGAAGUCGCAGCAAUGGCGGCGAAGAGCAGCAAAGUGCUCCUGGAUCAGCCGUCAAAGCCCUCCUUCCCCGAAAGCCUUCUCGUGGGCGGCGACCAACCCGCGCGCGUAACCCGAGGCCGCAAACCCCCAGCCGCCGCCGCCGCCUCCGUGAUCGGCGGUUCGGAACCGAAACCUCUCACCGCCGCUGUUCCCCAGAGCCAAUUUCUGGAAAAGGUGAAGGACUUCCUAGGAGUGAUGGCGGAGGCCAACGAGAAGCUGGAGCACGAGGUGCAGUCGAGCUCCCGCCCGGACCACGACGUGGAAGUGCUCAGUGGGAACGAGAAGGAGUACAUCGAGAUGGACUUGCUCCUUGGCGUCGCCGACCUUCGCACCGCCGAAGCCGUGGCAGCGGCGGAGGCCACCAUGUGCGGCCUUCGGCCGUCCGCAACCUCCAGUAGCAGCAGCAGCAGCAGCUCAUCUGACACAGACGAUGACAGCGAUGAAGACGAAGCGUCUCGUCGAAGCGACGAGCGGAGCAAGCGGCCGAAGAUUGUUGUGCUGGACCCAUCAACGGAUUAAAACUUGACAAAAGACAAAUCUUACAGCAGUGAUGGCUAAGAAUCUGCAUCCUUUACUGCUCUCGACAUGGUGUCGAGCUUAACACAAAUCGAUGCAGAAGAUGAUCUCAGGCCUCUGUUUUCUGUGUGUGAAGUGCCAACUAAUGGGAGAGUGAGUAUAUUUGUGCUCCCAGCUUUUCUGCAUUAGCAUAAAACUGCUAUUUGUGAUGCACAUAUCUAAAUCCUUUGUGUCUGUCAUCAACAAUCAAAACUCAGAAUAUGUAAGCAGAGUUGGAGAAAAAUUGCAAUCUUAUUCAAUCAUAAGGCACACUUUGUUGAC